CGCAUGCGCACGCUGGCAGCGAGGCUCGUCACGGCGCGAGGACGGCGUAUAUAAGAACAGCCCGCCUUCCGACCUGCCUUUUCAAGAGUCUGCUCCUUCCUUCCCUCCUUCUCUUCGCCUGCCUCGUUCCCUAGAGUAGAGCCCACGAUCGUUUGCAAUGGCACGUUUCACUAGCCUCCUCCUCUUGGCUGCCGCCGCCCUCCCCUUUGUGUUCGCCACACAGUCCGCUGAUCAGUGUGCGGAUAGCGAGUUCUUCUACGAGGCCAAGACCUGCUGUGUCCCCCACGGAGGUGUCUCAAACGCUCCUCCCCCUCCUCAGGGCUCGAGCCAGUGCCCUUCAGACUGGUACUGGGAUAACACGAAGGCGUGCUGUCUUCCCCCGCAUCCCCCGACCACCACGCCUCAGUGCGGUGGUUCUUGGUCUUGGAACCACGGCUCCUCGACUUGCUGCGACGGUGGAGGAUCCACCACCACCACUACUCCCGCCCCGUCCGCGAACCCCGUGAAGUCGCGCUCGAAACCCGCACACAAGCGGGCAGCUACGAAGGCUCGUCGCUCCACCUUCACCUGCCCCGACCAGUUGGAGUCUUGCCCCAUCUCAGGUCUCACUGGUCCCACUGGUGACUUCGAGUGCAUUGACCCCCAGACCGAGCUCGAGUCGUGCGGUGGCUGUGCCUCGACUGGCGAGGGCCAGGACUGCACUGCAAUUGAGGGUGUCUGGAACGUUGGCUGCGAGCGGGGUCGCUGUGCUCUCUACACUUGCGCUCAGGGCUACAAGCUGUCUGCUGAUGGCACCGCGUGCGAGAAGCUCUGAGCACACCACUCGGGCUCCGUUACUAUGAUCGAGACUCAUGCGGAGAGACCUCCUCUACUUGCUCCUCUGGAAUAUUGGGUAUUUAAACGCGAAGUUACUUAGAACCCCCUAACGUUACACAUUCAUUCCCCAUCACUAUCCUUGCUCCCCACUAGAUACCCUCGUCGGCCAACAUGACUGCUUAGGAUGCGCUUCGUUCUGGACUACAGACGUGGCACAUGGAUACUCACGCACUCUCGUACCAGUACUGACUGCGCUUGUUCUCAUCUCCGUUGUUGUGGUUGUUGGUGCUUAUUCUAUGUUCACUUAAGAGGGACUGUUGUCCGUGUGGGUCGUCUGUUCGCACAUAUUGGCAGCAACGUGGCGUUGAUGGUGAUAUAGACUGUUUGUUUGUGAUACCACGGCCCCGACGCUGCUUGCGUCCGUGCGCGCUUGUUGCUUUGGGCGCUUGAACGCGG